AAGAUCCAGAAAGAACAGAUAGGAAAACAGGGCGUGAAAUGGCAAUCGUCCCGAUGACCUUCGCAGCGUCCCUUCGUUAUCCAGCUCAACAGGGGAAAUCAGGGUAGAAAUCGCGAGGCAGCGGUUUUCGUGGCGCCGCUUGUUCGGAAGAGGGGAGAGAGAGAGAGAUAGAGAGGAGCGGCCGCUAUGCAUCGGCAAAGGGCCAUGUCGUGGAGGAAGGUGGGGAAGGCGGCGCAGGAGCUGGCGGCGCACGCGCUCCUCUUCUGCUACACCUUUUUACUCGCCCUGAAGAUCGAUGGCGGGACGUCCUACUCUUGGUGGAUAAUAUUUGUUCCUCUUUGGCUAUUUCAUGCUGUUGUAGCACGAGGAAGGUUCUCCUUACCUGCUCCAUCAUUGCCUCAUGAUCGCCACUGGGCACCUUGUCAUGCUAUUGUUGCAAUACCUUUGCUAAUUGCCUUUGAACUGCUCCUUUGUAUAUUUCUUCACAAUAAAAGUGUUAAUGCUGAAAAUUAUAUCAACUUAAAGGUUGUGUUUCUUCCCCUUUUGGCCUUUGAGAUAACCAUUCUUGUUGAUAAUUUCAGGAUGUGUAGAGCUUUAAUGCCAGGAGAUGAAGAGAGCAUGAGUGAUGAAGCUAUCUGGGAGACACUUCCUCACUUCUGGGUUGCGAUCUCCAUGGUGUUUCUCAUAGCUGCUUCCAUAUUCACCCUUCUUAAGCUGUGUGGUGAUGUUGAAGCUCUUGGUUGGUGGGAUCUAUUUAUAAAUUUUGGAAUUGCAGAAUGUUUUACUUUUCUUGUGUCUUCAAAGUGGUAUAAUCUAAUGAUCCAUAGGCGUCCUCAUGGCGAAGCUUCUUCUUCAACUGCAAUUAGGUAUCGGGAUUGGAAUAGUGGUCUUCUGCUCUCUUCUAUUGAGGACCAUGAUCAGGAUAGGCUAUGUAGUCUGCAAGACAUUGGAGGCCAUAUAAUGAAAAUUCCUAUUGUAGUUUUCCAGGUUUUGCUUUGCAUGCGCCUCGAGGGAACUCCUCCUAGUGCUCGGCAUAUUCCAAUUCUUGCAGUUUUCUUGCCAUUAUUUCUUUUGCAAGGUGCUGCUAUCCUAUAUUCUUUUUCAAGAUUGGUGGAGAAGCUUGUUUUUUUACUUCAUAAUGGAACUAUUGAUAGUAGAUAUCUCAGAAUUUCAUCAAAUGUUCACAACUUCUUCGCCUUUGUGCAUCGUGGUUCAAGAUUGCUUGGCUGGUGGUCAAUUGAUGAAGGAAGCAGAGAGGAGCAAGCUCACCUGUUUCAUGCUGAAGAAACGGGGUAUAACACUUUUUGUGGUUAUCCACCUGAGGUAGUGAAGAAAAUGGCAAAGAAGGAUUUAGCCGAGGAGGUUUGGAGAUUACAAGCAGCUUUGGGGGAACAAGUUGAAAUAACGAAGUAUAGCCAACAAGAAUAUGAAAGGCUUCAAAAUGAGAAAGUGAUAUGUAGGAUAUGCUCUGAGGCAGAAAUUUGCAUGGUCCUCCUUCCAUGUCGCCACCGGAUUCUUUGCAAGUCCUGCUCUGAGAAGUCCAAGAAAUGCCCUAUAUGCCGAGUACAGAUUGAGGAGCGGAUGCCUGUAUAUGAUGUUUAAGUCCUCACCAAUAGAGACCCACAAGUCCAGGAUUUCUGUUGGUCGAUGUAUCUUUCAGCAUCCUUCUUUCCAGCCUCCCAAGAUUCACCACUAAGCAAUUGGAGCAUACAAGUCAAAAUGAAUAUGCUAUAUGUUACAAGAGACACAACGACCUCACGAUGUGCAUGUCUUGAAAGCAAACGAUUAAGAAGAGCACAUUGCUUAGAAUGCAUGCAUCUUUGAUAUUGCUCAUGGUUUCAACGGGAGGUCAAGGUUGGCUGCCAGCCAAUGCUGUCUCAGUGACAAAAGAGAGUGGCCAUAUAUAUAUGUAUGGCUCGACUAACGGUUCAUUGUUUCUCUUGGUAAAAGCACAUGGUGAUUUUUUGUCUUCUUUCUUUGAAAUUAAUAUAAUCAAAUAACACGUCGCAUAUCAA